CUUUUAAGAGCGCCGGCGAUGCUGCCAAGAGAGGGAGGUGGCUCCUUCCUUGGAACAGCCAUUUAAAAAAAAUAGAGGGGGGAGAGAAAAAGAAAUAGAGGCAGAGGGGGGAAAAAACAAGACGGGGAAGCGUCUACUACACAAGCUUUGCGGCCAUCACCGCGGCGUCGAGCCUUCUCCAGCCGGGGUCGCGCCUAUCGGGGGGGGGGGCUCGACGGCGCGAUGCGGCAAUGCGCCCGGUGGGGGCGGUGUCGGCCCCGAUCCCUCCUCUAACUACAGGUGCCGCCCCCCCCUCACCCCCACCCAGCCAUGUACGCCAAGGGCAAAGGCUCCAACGCGCCUUCCGACGGGCAGGCUCGCGAGAAGUUGGCCCUCUACGUCUACGAAUAUCUUCUCCACAUCGGAGCACAAAAAUCUGCGCAGACCUUCCUGUCUGAGAUCCGAUGGGAAAAGAACAUUACCCUGGGUGAACCCCCUGGCUUCCUUCAUGCGUGGUGGUGUGUGUUUUGGGACCUGUACUGCGCAGCGCCUGACCGGAGAGAGACGUGUGAGCACUCGAGUGAGGUCUUCCACGAUUAUAGCUCUGCGGCGGCGCCCAGCCCUGCGAUGGCAAAUAUGGCCCCUGGUGACGGCAUGCCGGCCGGACCUGUGAUGUCCGGGUUCUUCCAGCCGUUCAUGUCUCCACGCUUUCCCGGGGGCCUCCGGCCUCCGGUACGGAUGCUGAACCAGCCACCCGUAGGCGUGCCUGGCCCCCAGCCUCUGUUGCCCAGUGCGAUGGACCCUGCGUCCCGGCCACAAGGACCCCCUGCCAUGGGCCCGAUACAGCUCAUGACGUCGCCGCGUGGUAUGACAGGGAUGGCCCCACAGAAUUAUGGUGGCGGGAUGAAGUUGCCUCCUGGAUCUUUGACUGGUCCUGGGAUGCCAGCAAUGAACACGGGGCCAGGAGUGCGAGGGCCAUGGCCAAACAUGAAUGCAAACUCAGUACCAUAUUCUUCAUCAUCUCCAGGCAGCUAUGGGGCCCCCUCUGGAGCCGGAGGUCCCCCUGGCACUCCCCUCAUGCCCAGCCCUGGAGACUCUACCAAUUCCAGCGAAAGUAUAUACCUGAUGAACCCCAUUGGCCCCCCUGGGAGUCGGCCCAGUUUCUCCAUGGGACUGAGUCCGGAAGGUCCGAUGGCCGGGAUGGGUGCCGCAGAACCACAUCACGUGAAUGGAUCCUUAGGUGCUGGUGAAGUGGAUGGGAUGUCCAAGAAUUCUCCGAGCAGCAUGGGAUCGUUAACCAACCCGCCAGCCGCCCCCACUCAUGAGGAUGGCGAGAUGGCCAGCAGCUUCUUAAACCCCUUCCAAAGUGAGAGUGUAAGGGCCUGCGUGGAGCGGCGUCCGCGGAGGGGGCGGGGGUCUCGAGGCGCGCGGGGGGCACGUGGAGGGCGGGGCGCCCUGUGGCAGGACAGGACUGGGCCGGCCACGCCCACAGCCAAUGAUGCCAUCUCGUACUGGAAGCAGGGGCAGAUGUCAGAGUUGUGAUCAAGGGGGCCGGCGCCCCCCUCUCUCCGCAAAUGGACUCCCCCCUCUAAUGCUCUGAUGUUUCCCAUCUGUCUUCCCAGUAUUCGCCUAGUAUGACAGUGAGCGUGUGACACGGCCCGGAUGCCUGACCCCAGCGGAGCCAGCCUGAUACCCUCCCCAGGGGUCUUUUUUUAAAACCCCUUCUAUUGUAUGAACUGUGUCCCCCCCCCUUGGCUGCCUGCCUGUCCCAACCUGAACUGCUGACCUCCACCCCUCUGAUAGGGUAUUCAACAAAUUGUACUGACUUUGACUGGCUACCCUGGAAGGUUUGCAGGUGCUUGGGACUGGACGCUCGCAGAGGGCAAGCACCUGUGCCUGCUUCUGCCCGAAUCAGCCUCCCACCCCCGGGCAUUGGCCAUCGAGGGUCUCCUCGGGCAGACCGGGCUGCUUUCUGCACCAGCUCUUUUGAACUCAUGCGCACGUGCGCGCGCACACAGACCCCGCCCUGCUGAGCCGUGCUUGUUCUUCGCAAAAGGGAUGGCGGCGUUAAGUGUGGACAUCUUAUGGGGGGGGUUUAGUGGGCUGGGGCUUUGCAGUGGGGUCUUUGCGCCGGCAGCAGUGUGGCCUGUCAGCGGGUGGGAGUUGUGGACCCAGCAAGGUGUCCUUUCUGUGGCCGGAACGCAAGGUCACAUACAACCUGACUGUGGGAGCAACUUUGGGAGCAAGAGGCUACGACGACUCCUCUUUCCGGCUUCUAGCUCCUGUUUAGCUCUUUGAUUAUAGCUCAGGAGUGGGGUGUCUCCGGUCCGGGCGCUUAAGGUGGCCUUUGGGUCCCUCUCCAAUGUUGCUUCACGCCCUCUUUGAGCAUCAACUCCGAUAAUGUCUCUUGCUCGUCUGGAUGAUGUUGGAGCGGGACAGCCGCAGAAUCCAGUCUCCUGGGUAAAGGUUUGCAUUCGUUGCUGCUGGUUGUGCCUGUCGCUACCUGUGGCUCUGGGAAGGGGAAUACAUGACCCUGGGUUGAAAAAGGGCCCUCAACCCUGGACUAGGUGAACAUGCUUGGAUUCUGCUAAUGCUCGCUAGAAGCAGAGGGUUGAGGAGCUGUAAGGUAGGUAGAAAAAGUUUUUCUUCCCCACCCCAGUCCAAAUAAAAAAUUAAAAAAGCAAAAAAUAAAAGCUGGCAGAGAAUUCCUGCAGAGACCACCAGUAGGGGUGAUCUUUUGCAAGGGAUUUUCUCUCCCCGUACCCCCCACAGGUUUUUUAAAAACAUUUCCAUCCCCAUCAGCUGGAGCAGCGUUUUUCAAUCUUGGGGGGCCCAAGAUGCCUUUUGACUACACCUCCUGUCAUCCCCCAGGAUGGGGGGAGUUGGAGCCCAACCGCGUCUGGAGACCCCCAAAUUGAAGGAGUGGGGUGGGUGGGCUGAGAUACUUGAGUUUUCCUUCGAAAUGACACCCCUUUGACUAGCAGAUGGACCAAGUGCGAUUGGCUGUUUUGGUUUUUACUGUGGCUUGUUGGGGCCACCCGCAAAUGACCAACACUCCCCUUCUCAAAAAAAACCCCCAAACUUGUCUCGCACACAUCCUUCUGCUUUACACUCCUAGAAUGCUUUCGCCUGCAUGGAAUGAACCCCUGAAAUUUGAUAAUGCCUCUUUGUGUGUAGAUAGAAAUCUCUGGGCUGUUAUCUGACUUAGUUCUACUCGGAGUAGGACUAACAUUGGAUGCAGCCCUCUGACUUCUGCCAGGCUGGCAUCUAGGCUGAUGCCCAAAGGCCACAACAGUUGCUCCGCCCAAAUUUAGCCUCUGCCCCUGCCCAUCACUGGCAUGCACCCUGAACCCCACCCCAUCCCUUGCUAGAUACCCCCGGUGGCAUUUUAAAAUCAUAGAAUCCUAGAGUUGGAAGAGGCCUUGUAGGCCAUCGAGUCCAACCCCCUGCUCACAGCAGGAAAUCCACAGCUAGAGCAUCUCCCGCAGAUAGCUGUCCAGCCUCUGCUUGAAGACAUCCAGUGAAGGGGAUCCUACCACCUCCCUAGGCAGUCGGUUCCAUUGCCAAACUGCCUUUACUGUCAAGAAGUUCCUUCUAAUGUCCAUGCCACGAAAUAAAGUUCCAUGCCACAAAACUGAUUCUAAACAUUUAGCAAAAUGGAUUGUAUGCAAGGAAAGAACUGAAAUGGUUCGUCCUGCAACGCUGCCUUCCUCCCCAACUAUUUCCUUGCUCCGGGGACAGAGACCCCCCCUUUUAUUUAACCUGUAUGUUACAUUCCCAAGUACUGCUUUUGCAAUGGAUCUUAAUGCAAAUUUGGGCAAGAUAGUCUGGAAUCGGAGGUUGGCCAGGGCAGCACAUUUUUUGUGAGGGGGCAGCUUGUGCAUAUAUUUUUUUGGGGGGCGGCAAGGGAGAGAUAAAUUUGUUGCCCUUCUCCUCCAUCCAAAGGAUCACUGUACCAGCUCUGGGCUUUGUUCAUUGUUGUUCUGUGUAAAUAGAACUAUCGUUUUUGGGAAGCCAUUGACAUUUUUAAAAGCUGAUGAGAAAAAAAGUGCAUCAAUAAAUGUUAACUUGUAUUUUUUAAGGAAAAAAACCCACCAGUUUGGAGCUAAAUAUUUUUCCCUGCAGGAAGCACGGACCUAGUUUUUUCCUGAUGGGUAAGGUGGACACUGGCU